AUGGAAAGUCAUGUCACAUCACCACCACUUGACAGCAUCAAUUUGGCCUCUUGUAUUCGCCUGCUCUUCCAUCCAGGCCUAAAGAUUCGCCUCCGCACAGCUGUUCAUCUCAUCCGUGUACUUUUUCCCGAUUGCAAUCCCGGUCAAAUGACGACAGCUCCUGCAGUAUCCGUGACUUCGCCCCAUCUCUCCGAUCUUGGCCGAGCUCCCGACGGAGCCUCCAGCCUCAGUCGGGCGGCCACAGCCUCAUCCACUUCUCCAUCUCUAUUGCUUCCAGGCGCCAUUGCUGACACGACGACCUGGCGGCUCGAUGGUGUGACUGACCUCGAGCUAAUUGAGCUUGAUACGGACAAUUGUCGCCAUACAACCACCUCUUUAGCUGGUUCUAAACGAUCCCUUUACCAAUGCACCACAAAAUCUGCUGCUGCCAUCCGUCAAUCCGGUCCAUCGGUCACUCGUUUCACCAACAGUACCCCUGCAUUCGAUGAUGACGGUUAUCUUGCAGAGUUGUCGCAUCGAGCUCUCCGCAUACACCAGGCGCAUUUGCAUUCUACCCCAGCCGACGGUGUUGGCUCUACGAUCAACCGUCUCCACUGCCAUGAGGCCGACACCAUUCCUAAUGACAGUCUGGCUUGUUUGAUCGCCUUUUCGCUGGUUGAUCUUACGGAGGAGAGCUCCCGCCUCCAAUUAAAUCUGACUUCGGAUCUCACAGCUCCCGGUCUUGUUCAACCCAUUUGUCACGCCUCCUCCACAUCCUAUUCCCAUUCUUAUUCUGGUUCCUUUGCGGUCGAGGGAGAAGAGCCGAUUUUAGCGGACGAUGCGCAUUGUCAAGAGCAAAUAGCCAAAAUGAUUGGACUUCUUGCGGCAGAUAGUGCCAACAUUGCCGUUCGCAAGGCUGCCGGAGAUCAGUUAGCGCGUAUGAUGCAUAGUAAGUGA